AUGGCUGCGGCGGCGAACAACGGCGCUGCAAUGCGCGAGGCCUAUCCUCCUCCCCCCUCCCUCUUCAACCUGUAUCGGCCGGACGACGGCGUUUCUCCCCUCCCGCCCCCGCCACCACCCAUCCCCACGCUGGCUGACGUGGCUGCCUUGCGCGAGCGAAAAAUUGAGCUCAAAGUUCUUGGAAAUCCUCUUAAACUGCAUGAAGACCUGGUUCCCAACCUCACCACUCAAGCACUGUUUCGACAACAGCCCGAUGGCACAGUAGACUUCAAGGGUGAUCUCAAGCGGCUCUCCGGGGAGCUCCUCUUCAUGUUCCUGGAGUUGCUGAAGGCGGUGGUGGAGAAGCCCAGCGGUUACGCCGCCCAGCUGACCCCCGUCAACGUGCUGCUGUCCAAUCUGGUGCAGCUAACCAACCUGAUGAGGCCCUACCAGGCCCGAGCCACCCUGGAAGCGACUCUAGCGUUACAAGUGGGCACCAUGCGUGAUAGCAUCCGGCGUGUACGGCAGCAGGUUACGGCAGCGGAUGAGGUGCUCAAGGGCAUGGCGCGGGCGCUGGUAUUAUGCGGCAAUUGCCACCGGCGCAUUAUUCCUGAGGCGUUCAAGGAGGGGGGCCUGUGUGCCUGCAUAACUGCUGUUGGGCUCUGUGCAUCUGGCUGCUGGUUAUGCGCCUGCUUGCCGUUCUGCGUUAAUGUCACGAAGGACACCGUGUACCGAUGCCCAGCAUGCAACGCCGAAAUCCAUCGUAGGAGGGCGCCCUUCGAGUAG